AUGGGAUUUAUGAGUUUGAGGUGUGGGGUGAGUAUAAGAACCCCAGUUACAUCCGAUUCUGAGGGCUUUAACACUUUCUUUCUUUCUUACCUCCUUCCUUCCUUCCUUCCUUUCUUUCUUUCUUUCUUUCUUAACUCCUUCAUUCCUUCUUUCUUUCUUUCUUUCUUUCUUUCUUUAUUUCUUAACUCCUUCCUUCCUUCCUUCCUUCUUUCUUUCUUUCUUUCUUUCUUUCUUUCUUUCUUUCCUUCUUUCUUUCUUUCUUUCUUACCUCCUUCCUUCAUUCUUUCUUUCUUUCUUUCUUUCUUUCUUUCUUUCUUUCUUUCUUUCUUUCUUUCCUUCCUAACUCCUUCCUUCUUUCUUUUUCUUUCUUUCUUUCUUUCUUUCUUUCUUUCUUUCUUUCUUUCUUUCUUUCUUAACUCCUUCCGUCCUUCUUUUUUCUUUCUUUCUUUCUUUCUUUCUUUCUUUCUUUCUUCCUUCCUUCCUUCCUUUCUUUCUUGUCACAAAAAAGCCAUCUUUCUUUCGCUACACGAUCUGGUUUUCUUCGAUAUUCAUCUUCUUUUUUUUUUCUUUCAUUCCUCCAUCCAUCCUUGUUUUUUCUUUUUUCCUUCAUUCCCCCAUCCAUUCUUCUUUUUUUCUUUUUCUUUCAUUCCUCCAUCCAUCCUUGUUUUUUCUUUUUUCCUUCAUUCCCCCAUCCAUUCUUCUUUUUUUCUUUUUCUUUCAUUCCUCCAUACAUCCUUCUUUUUUCUUUUUUCCUUCAUUCCCCCAUCCAUUCUUCUUUUUCUUUCAUUCCUCCAUACAUACUUCUUUUUUCUUUUUCUUUCAUUCCUCCAGCCAUCCUUCUUUUUUCUUUUUCUUUCAUUCCUCCAGCCAUCCAUCCUUAUUUUUUUGUGUCUUUUUCACUCAGAUCAUUAUAUUCUUUCUUCGAUUUUUCUUUCUUUAACUAAAUCAUCUUUCUUUUUUCCGCUUUGA